AUGGCCGACAGAGGCAACCGGGGAAAUCGUGGCGGUGGCUCCCGCGGUGGAGACCGCGGUAGAGGUGGCGGUCGAGGCCGAGGAGGCGAUCGUGGGGAUUACGGCGGUGGUCGAGGCCGAGGCGGCUAUGAUCGUGGAGACUAUGGCGGUGGCCGAGGCAGGGGAGGCGACCGUGGAGACUAUGGCGGUGGCCGAGGUAGGGGAGGAGACUAUGGCGGUGGCCGGGGCGGAGGAGAUCGCGGUGGCUUUCGUGGCGGCUUCAGUGGCUUCCGGGGAGACGGUCCCCGAGGUGGCCGCGGAGGAGGACGGGGAGGGCGCCGUGACGCCUCUCCCGGGAUCUCAAAGGUCUACGAUGGUGCGGUUCCUCCGCCUGAUGCACAGAUCACUCAACUUGAGAACCAGAUUGUUGCACGUCAGUCCGCUUCGCUGGCGACCAUCACCAAACAAAUGGCCGCUAUGAGCGUCAAGGGAAAGGGGGGCAAACUCCCUGCUCGACCGGCCUUUGGAACGCAGGGGAAACCUGUCGUUCUCUGGGCGAACUAUUUCAGAAUCAACGUCAACAAGGACUCGUUCUUCAAAUACACUUUUGAUGUCAAGAAGCGCUCCAGGAAGCCGACAUCAUCGAAGCAAGAAUCCGAGCAGGGCGGUAAGGCUGCCUCAAAACCGGCUGGUGAUGCUCCCGAAUCCGACGAGCCCGAUCAAGGCAGGGAAGUCAAGGGUAGAGCACUAUUUUUCGCCAUCAAGGCGGCUCUCGCGAAGCUCUUGGCGCAAGAUAAGACGCUUGUUGCUGCCACCGAGUUCAAGAGCCAGCUCAUUACGCUCAAGAAGAUUGACUUGACUGAGAAUCCUCUCGAGGUCGAGGUGCCCAAGGACGAAGGAGGCGACCUCAUUGACACAUAUCUGGUCCAGUUCCACGGGCCAGCCGACAUUGACGUGGGCGACAUGAAGAAGUAUCUGACCUCCAUGAUCGAUGCGCCGGGUACCGCCGAUGAGAUUUCCUUUCCGCGCUAUCCUGAAGUUGUUGAUGCGCUCAAUAUCAUCCUGGGCUACGGGCCACGGAGCGAUUUUCACAAAACCGCCACCGUUGGGUCAUCGCGUUUUUUCCCCCUGGGGAACGACAAGGUGAUUGAGCAACUUACCCAAAAUUGGCGAGCUCUGACGGCGGCCCGUGGUUACUUCCAGUCCGCCCGCCUUGCAACUGGUCGCACGCUGCUCAACGUCAACGUCACACACGGCGUUUUCAGCCUCGCUGGCCGCCUGACGGAGAUCUUUGACAGUCUAGGUUUAAAAGCCGCCUACCAAGACAAAAGCCAGGGGUGGAAACUCAGGGCCUUUGCCAAAUUCCUGCCCAAGACACGUGUUUGGGUUACCAUGAAGACUUCCGAGGGCAAGACCUUUCGCCGCUCCAAGUCUAUACGAUCUCUUGCUUCCUCUUUUGAGAUCAAAGUCAAAGGCCGAGGCAUGGCCCAUCCGCCAAAGUUCGAUGGUGGGAUGGAGUAUGCAGGACCCAAGAAUGUCCAAUUCUGGAUGGACGGCGACAAAGGGAAAGGGGGCCGUUACGUUACAGUCUUUGACUACUUCAGACAGAAGUACAAUAUUACACCUGGUGACUACCCCCUGCUCGAUGUGGGUACUGAGCAGAAGCCUUUCAACUACGUCCCGGCCGAAAUGAUCGAGAUCCAACCUGGGCAGUCGGUCAAAGCAGCUCUAACCAUGGAAGAGACCACAGCGAUGCUGGACUUUGCCUGUCGGUCACCGUAUUCCAACGCCUUAUCGAUCAGCACCGCCAGCCGGAAAGUUCUUGGUCUCGACGACGCAGCACUAGGCAAAUUCGGCGUCUCUGUCGACAAGCAAUUGUUGACUGUACAGGGAAGAAUUCUCAAGGCGCCAACGGUGAGCUACAACGGUAUUGGUACGGACGGAAGACCAAAGAAUGCCGAUGUGUCGCCGCAGAAUGGAUCAUGGAAUAUGAGAGCAGUGAGGGUCCUCAAAUCGGGCACUAAGAUCCAGCGCUGGUGUUGGGUCAACGUGUCGACGCCACGCCAACGUCCGUUCUUAGUGGACGGCUCGGUGGUGGACCAAUUUGGAGAGUUCCUGGUGAACAUGGGCAUUGCCAUCAACAAAAGCCCCAUUCCGCCCAAAACGCAGCACGUCACACUUGAUGUCAAUGAUUCGGAAACGGAUAAAACUCUUCACAGAAUGUUUACGUGGCUUGAAGAACAAAAGAUUGAUCUCAUGGUCUUCAUCCUUGCGGAGAAAGACUCUACUGGCCUAUACAGCAAGAUCAAGGCGUUUGGAGACUGUGGUUACGGAAUCCAUACCAGCUGUCUAGUGGGGAGAAACUUUGCCAAGGCAAGCCCGGCCUAUUUCGCCAACGUCGGGCUCAAGAUCAACCUGAAGGCUGGAGGCACGAAUCACAAGUUACGAGAGGAAUCCAGCCUCGUCAAAGAAGGCAAGUCGAUGAUUGUUGGCUACGACGUAACCCACCCGACGAACAUGCCCAUUAAGAAGGGCAACGAGCCUCCCAGUCUGGUGGGGUUCGUCUCGAGCAUCGACAGGGACCUCGGCCAAUGGCCUGCACUGGCUUGGGAGCAAACUUCCAAGCAGGAGAUGGUGACCGAAAGGCUUGCCGAUGUGUUCAAGACGCGGCUGGAUACCUGGCGCGACCACAACAAAGGCCAGUUACCCGACAGCAUCAUUAUUUACCGAGACGGCGUCUCCGAGGGCCAGUUUAGCCAAGUCCUCGACCAGGAGCUGCCCAGCAUCAGAGAAGCCUGCCGCCUCAAGUACCAGGCCAGGUCCCAGCCAAAGCUCACCAUCCUAGUCUCCGUGAAGCGGCACCAGACUCGGUUCUACCCUACCUCGACAAACGAUAUGUCCAAUUCUGGUAACGUUAUCAACGGUACAGUGGUGGACCGCGGCGUGACCCUGGCGAGGUAUUGGGACUUCUUCCUGACGGCACACGAGGCUCUCAAGGGCACCGCCAGGCCUGCUCAUUACACGGUUCUUCUCGACGAAAUUUUUCGACCGAGAUUUGGCACCAAAGCGGCCGACGAACUGGAGCGGCUGACACACGAUUUGUGCUACCUCUACGGCAGAGCAACCAAGGCCGUCAGUAUAUGCCCGCCCGCGUAUUAUGCAGAUAUUGUCUGCGAACGUGCUCGUGCACACCGUCCCGACAAGUUUGGGGAGCGCGACUCGGACGGUAAGUCUGGAGGCAAUGCAGGAAGCAAGAAGCCGGAGGAACAAUACCGAAAAAUACCCGCCGAGGUGCACGAAAAACUCAGGAAUAGCAUGUACUAUAUCUGAGCUCGAUGGCGGCGAAGUAGGCGUGGCCGCGGUAUAUGGCGUUGCACUCUCUUGUGGCAUGUGUGCGGAUAUUUAUGCCUUUGGUCACGCAAGACAGCGCUUGGACGCGCGGCGGCUUCUACACAUGGAUCGAAGGACGGCAACAUGGUUCAAAAGCGACAUCUA